CCCGAGCUGUUAUCAACGAAAUUAUCUAACACGUGUUUUAGUCUUCCGAUGGAGACAAAAACGGUCUAAACUCUAAUCUAGCGGAGAUAUCAGUUAUGGGACCAAUCACCUGUGAUACUACGCUAGCAGACGAACCCAGAUAAACAUCUACUUGUAAAGAAAACUGCGCUCGAUCAGCUCGAUAAUGAUCGAAGUUACACAAAAUAUAAAAUAUACUCAGAUCCAAAAUAGCUAACCGAUUUGGUUGCAAGAAGUGUUAAGAAAAAACAGUGUUCAUUAGUGAAACAAAAGUAAAUUUAAACUGCCUUAAACGUUUUGAUAAACUGUUUAAAAUUUAACCAAGUAACUAAGUGAUAACAUUCAGAAAAGUGUUGUAGAAGAUAAAGUGAGUGCUAAUUCGAAUUUAAAAUUGCAUCGUCUAAGUGAUUUGAUAAAAGAUUUUAAACUGCACUUGCUACUAAAGACGAUCAAAAACGUUUCCUACAUAAAGACUGUGAAACAUGUCACCGCAAAAAGAUGGUCGAACUGGCAACGGGUUGAUUCAUCCUGAGGCGUCCAAAUCCAAGCUGCUACUAGCUGAAGAUCCUCCUCACAAGGACGUGGACCUCAUCCCAGGAAGCGUCAUGGAUGGACUGACCAUAGACGCUCACGAGCCUCCGUACGUUGUGACGAAAUGGCGGUGGGUCAUUCUGACCCUGUUUGUGUUGUUCUCAGCAUCGAACUCGAUGCAGUGGACCCAGUAUACCAUAAUCCAGGACAUAGUGACAAAGUAUUAUGGUGUGAGCGGAAAUGUGGUGUCGUGGACUUCUAUGGUGUACAUGAUUACGUACGUGCCGCUGAUUUUUCCGGGGAGCUGGCUGCUGUCCAGAACGGGUCUCCGGGUGACCACCAUCAUCGGUUCCCUCGGCACGUGCCUGGGGGCAUGGCUGAAGGUGUUCUCGGUGCCGCAGGACAUGUUCUGGCUGGGCUUCACGGGGCAGACCGUGGUGGCCAUGUCACAAGUGUUCAUCCUCAACGUGCCACCGCGGCUGGCGGCUGUGUGGUUCGGAGCUGACCAGGUCUCCUCGGCGUGCAGCAUUGGUGUUUUUGGGAACCAGCUUGGAGUGGCCUUGGGCUUCGUACUGCCCCCGAUGUUGGUGCGAGCUACUGGAACCAUCGAGCAGAUUGGAGCUGACUUCCAAGUGAUGUUUUAUCUAGUCGCUGGCGUUACUAGUGUGCUGUUCGUUUUGAUUCUGCUAUUUUUCAAAGCAGCGCCACCGAGCCCGCCUUCGGCAGCUGCUGACAUGGGUUCCAGUCUGGACUCCAACUUUAUCCAGUCUAUCAAGAAACUUAUGACAAAUCGAAACUACGUUCUCCUACUGAUCUCUUACGGCCUCAACGUUGGUGUCUUCUAUGCCAUCUCCACGUUGCUCAAUCAGCUCGUCUUGAUGUAUUAUCAAGGCGCAAACGAAGAUGCUGGUCGCAUUGGUUUGGUGAUGGUGGUUGCUGGUAUGAUAGGGUCUGUGAUGUGUGGCCUUGUUUUGGACAAGACACAUCGCUUCAAAGAGACCACACUGGCUGUCUACGCCGCAUCUGCCGUGGGCAUGGUCGUCUUUACCUUUACGCUAAAUUGUGACAUCAUUGGAGUUGUGUAUUUGAGCAGCAUCCUCCUUGGAUUCUUCAUGAACGGCUACCUGCCCGUCGGUUUUGAGUUCGCUUCUGAAGUGACGUAUCCUGAACCUGAAGGAACUACAUCUGGCAUCCUUAAUGCUGUCGUUCAGGUAUUUGGCAUUCUGUUGACGUUGCUGUACGAGUGGAUGCUAAGCGCAGUACACGACCGCUGGGCUAACCUCACUCUAUGCGCGCUGCUGGUACUUGGCACCGCCAUCACCGCAGCCAUCCGCCCAGACCUACGCCGCCAAUCCGCUGAAGCAAAAGCCUAAACCAACUAUAGAACGUUGAUGUCAGGACUUCUGAUGGUCUUUAAUACCUAUAAUGUAUGUUCCUUAGGUCACGUAAUGACACCAAAGAAGGAUCUAAUGGUGUUGGGUGAUUGAUAGAUACCUACAUCGAAAGAAGACAUUGCGACUCUUUUUCUUGACCGUAAUGAACAUUUUAACGUUUACCUUACUUAAAUUCCCAAAAUUCUACAAAAUCGUUAUUUAUAUUUUAACUUAUAGUGUGUCAUUUUAUAACUAUUUAUUUACGUCGCAAUUAAAGUGUAGACUAUGAUGUUUUACAAAGCGCCUACUAAUAUUAUAUUUCUUAUAGAUUUUAGUAUCUAAAUUUACAACAAAGUAGAAGACGUUUAGAACGUCCGUAAAAACCCUUGAAAAUGAAACACCCAAGAGUAAAUUUGGUAGCUAGAUAAUUAUGUAUAAUAAUUAUGUAAUCGCGACAAUAACGUGUGACUGUAUUUAUUAGAUGACUUGCCAAAAAUACUGUGGUAAGAUGGUUUUUCAGGAAUAUAGGAACCAGAAGAGUUCGAACGUAUUUUGUAGGUAGACGUUUUACUACGUAAACUGUAGGUAUUUAAGAUAAAUUUGAAAUAUUAUUAUAAUCUCUUAUUUUGAUAUAGGUGUUUGGUAGUAGGUAUACCUACCUAAUAUAAAAAACAAGGAAUCAAUAAAAAGCUUGAGUAAUACUCAGAUACUUGUUUGUCAUUGAAAAGCUUCAUUUAGCAUAGUAGAUUUCUGGCUCAGUAUUGGUUUUAAUUUUUAUUAUUGAUUGAUCUAAAGUUAGUAGUUUUUACCUAAUUAAAAAAGCUGUUUAACUUACCUUCUUAUGAAAACAAAAAUACAUUUUUUUCUUGGACAAAAUCUCGACCAGUGAUUUUACUUUUCUUCUCAGUUGUUAUAUUCUUAAUUGAUAGCGUGGUCGUGGUCCUGUUGUGAUUUGUUGUGAGCGUGGGUGUGUGUGAUUUAUGUUAAUUUAUUGGAUUAACUUAAAUUUGGUUUGAUGAACCUAUGAGGUCAUAAAAUAAUGAUAACUUGAGAUUUAGCAGGUAUUUUCAUGUGAUUUUUAAGUAGGUGAUAGUUAGUGUAAUUUAGAGUUUACUUAGAAAAUAGUCUUAGGAGAACUUUGCCUUUAUUUGCGUUUAAGUAUAUUUUUGAGCUAUGAACAAGAAAAUCCUAUUUUAGAUUCCAUAGGUACUUACCUACCUAUAUCACCUAAAUGUUCAGUAAGAUUAAACUUAUUUCGGUGUUAUCAUAACGAGUCUAUAGCAAAAAUAUCUAAGGAAAUAUUGACGUCAUAAAUUGUCAACAAUUAACUUCAUGAAACCAAUGAACUUAAAUCAUUAUCCUAUUUAAAUUAUUUAAUCAAAUGUAAAAUUUACCUAGCCUUAUAAUUCUGUUAAUGAUUAUAUGCACGCUGGCAGAUUUCAUUUGUGAUAAUUAGAAAACAGGCCUAUAUGAUUAUUUAUGGAAGGCUGUAUCUGUGUAAAAGAUGUAACUCUUCUUAUUUGUAAUAAAUAGGUAACACAAAACAUAAGUUGAAAGUAGUUAUAAUUUAUUGUGUACAUAAAUGCGUGUGCGUGUCUAUUCAAGGCUUGUGAAAAGUUAUUUCGACGUAAAUUACCUUAGAUUAAAAGGUAACUUAUAUGGUUGUCUUUACAAUAUUAUACUAUUAACUAAAUUAUUUGUGGCCUAUAUAUUUUAUAUAAAAUUUUGUAAUAAUAUGAGACCCAAUAAUUAUGUGAGUAAAACAGUAUUAUUAAAAAUGUAAUAAUAACAAUACUAUUUAUUUCUGUAUAAUCAAAUUAAAUAAUGACUAUUUCAAAUAGUUGCUUGCGAUGCAUUUGUAGUCUUAUCACUGUUCUGAUAGUAGGUAGGUGAACAUUAGGACAAUUUUAAUUUCUAUAUAAAUUAUUGUUAUUUUAUAAAUUUCCAUGUUUAUGCAAUAAACAUAUUUGUAAUAAAUUAUUAAAAAUGACUUUGUAAAGGACAGCAUUCUGUUUGCGAAUUAUUGUUAUUAUUUUAGCGUUCCUGUAAAUAUAAUAAUCAUCUUGGUAGAUUAAGUGAUUUCAGAAUGUAUAAGCAUUCCAUUAUAUGCCGAGACCGUAGUAUUAUAUAAAUAUUAAUGCCUAUUACCGAAGCUAUCGACAAUAAUGAAGGAACAAUGUUUUUAAAAUAAGUUUUGUAGUUGGCCUACUCAAACUUUCCAUAACUGUCUAAUCACUUCUUAAAUUAAAAACUAGAUCCUAAUAAUACCUAAGUUAUUUUUUUACAAUAAUUGUCUCAGCUUCAGAUUUAAAAAGAUCUAACGAAUGCAUGAAGCUUAAUUUUGGACUAAAUUAUUUAAAAACAAAGUUACAUUAAAAUUGUAAGCAAAUACGAUUCUUAGGUAUAUUUGUAUUGCUUAUUAUGUAAAUAAUUUUAAAAGUAGCUGUUAAAUACACGUGUAUUACUAGGAAAAUAACACUAAAACACAAAAUAAAAGUUUCAAUUUUCUUUUUAAUUGCAGUUCUUCAAGCUUUGUUACCCAGUGCUGUUUUAUUUCUCUGUUUGUAUGUAAUUACGUCAUUUCUCUCAUUAAAGUAGCAAUAAGAGAUCGAUGUAAUACUAAAUGUUUAUUGUUCAUUAAACGUUGUUGAUGGAUUAA